GUGUCCCGGUUGCAUCUCGCACACGUCCGGUACAACAGCAACAGCGCAGAGACAGGCCAUCGGCCGGCGACCAUUCGGGCUAGCUAGCUAGCUGUUUGAAGCGGCCGGCCGGAUAGGCAGCUCGUAGCCGGGGUCGAUGGGGAAAGGUCGUGCACCGUGCUGCGCCAAGGUCGGUCUCAACAGGGGCUCCUGGACGCCGGAGGAGGACAUGCGCCUCAUCGCCUACAUUCAGAAGUACGGCCACGCCAACUGGCGCGCCCUGCCCAAGCAAGCAGGUUUGCUCCGGUGCGGGAAGAGCUGCCGGCUCCGGUGGAUCAACUACCUCCGGCCGGACCUCAAGCGCGGCAACUUCACCGUCGAGGAGGAGGAGACCCUCAUCAAGCUGCACAACAUGCUCGGCAACAAAUGGUCCAAGAUCGCGGCGUGCCUGCCGGGGAGGACCGACAACGAGAUCAAGAACGUCUGGAACACGCACCUCAAGAAGCGGGUGGCGGCCAGCGCCGGCGAGCAGAAGAAGGGCGGGGCCAAGGGCAAGAAGAAAACCACCUGCGUCGACGUGCCGGCGCCGUCUCCGUCUCCAUCCUCUUCCACCACCACCACGACCACCACCACGACCAACUGCUCUAGCGGCGAGUCGGGCGAGCAGAGCAACACCAGCAAGGAACUAGAAUUGGAGCUGGAGAAGAUCGAGAUCCCCAUGCUCGACCUCGGCUUCGACUUGGACAUGCUACUGGACGCCGUCCCCGACACGCACUGCCCGGCCAUCUCGUCGGCGCCGACCUCGCCCUGCUCGUCCGCGUCCCCGCCCUGCGUGGUGGACGACGGCGUGCUGCUCGACCUGCCGGAGAUCGACAGCGUGCCCGAGCUGUGGAGCAUCAUGGACGGCGAAGGCGGCGCCGGCGCCUGCGCAGAAGCGGCGCAGGCCCCGUGGAGCAAUGCGGCGCCGUGCCAGGGCGACGGAACAGAGGCGAGCGGUGCAACGGCCGACGACGAGGACGGAAAGGAGUGGUGGUUGGAAGAUUUGGAAAAGGAGCUGGGCCUAUGGGGGUCCAUCGAGGACUACGACCACAAGGCGAUUUUUGCGAUUUGACCCUUUCUGCAAAGUUUAGCCGGAUAUGACCAACGACCGCCGGAGAUGCUGGCGGUAGGGUUGUACAACCUAUGGCCGAAAACCAUGGCGGUAGGGUAACGUCAGCCGCCGUCAUGUAUGGGUUCCCUGUUGAUGGCGUAAUGGCCGUACCGCCGAAGGGGACAAUGGUAGGGGUGCAAUAAUCAACCGCCGAGGUCGUUGGCAGUAGGGUCCGUCGCCAGUGCACGGUUCUGUGGCUUGAAAAUGCAAAAAAAUUACGAUAGGUUUUCAUAACCUAUCACCGUAGACCCUGGCGGUAGGUUCCCGUCCCUCUUAAUUUUUGUGCUGAACUUCAUCACUUCAGAUACAAAAAAAUGUGCACACCAGCAAUAUUGUUUGCGAAUAAAAAAAAAUGACGAUCUCACACA